CUCAUCAUCAACAUCGUCCACUUGCCGCUCCACCAAACAAGUCCCCACAAACAACCGUCAAGAUGGUGUUAGAAGCUACUAUGAUCGUUGUGGACAACAGCGAAGCCAGCCGAAAUGGCGACUAUGUUCCCUCACGAUGGGAAGCACAGUCCGACGCCGUGAACCUCAUCUUCUCCUCGAAAACGAACGCGAACCCAGAGUCGUCAGUCGGCCUCAUGAGCAUGGGCGGCAGCACACCAGAGAUCCUCACGACCCUCACCACAGAUAUCGGCAAGGUUCUGGACGGUUUGCACAGGACGAAGAUAAAGGGCAGCUCACACUUCGUGACGGGCAUCAACGUCGCCGCAUUGGCGCUCAAGCACCGGCAGAACAAGUCGCAGAAGCAGCGGAUAAUCAUCUUCAACUGCAGUCCUGUCGAGGAGGACGAGAAGAACCUGGUCAAGCUGGCGAAGAAGAUGAAGAAGACCAACAUCAGCAUCGACAUUGUCGCAUUCGGCGAGCUCAGCGACGAGACACUGAAGAAGCUCAGGGCGUUCAACGAGAACUCGCAGAGCGCGGAGGGCUCCCACCUCGAGGCAGUACAACCAAGCGGCAACCUUCUCAGCGACGCGCUCAUCACAACACCCAUCCUUGGUGGCGAUGGUAGCUCUGGCGGCGCAGGAGCUGGGUCAUCUGGAGGCGAUGCUGGUGGCUCAGGUGGAAAUGACUUUGAGUUCGGCGUAGACCCGUCAGUAGAUCCAGAGUUGGCGUUGGCGCUGAGGAUGAGUUUCGAGGAGGAGAAGGCACGGCAAGAGAAGGACAAGAAGGCAAAGGAGGCUGCCGAGGGCAAGACAGAGCUCGAGGGCAUUGCAGAAGGCGACGAGAAGCAGCCUCUGCUGGGCGACCAGGGAGAGGGCAGUGGCAGCAAAGACAGGAAGAAGGACGAUGACGACAAGAUGGACACAGCAUGAGCUGCGAUCACGCAUGUGCAUGGCACUCAAGGGCGAAUAUGUGUAGGCUGAGAAAGCAACAUCAAACGAGCAUCCACGGCGUCAAUCAUCUAGAUGAGGUUAGCGCACACCAUAGCAGCUGCAUGGUUGAAUGAGAUUACGACAAUUGCUA